CCUCGCGCCGAAAGCAUGUUCGCGUUCGCAGUUGUGCCCCUUCAGAUAGUUUAUGCUACUCAAUUUCAAUCAUUAACCAUAAAGUGUGCCGACUGUUAGCGGGUGCCGUUCGAUUAGUUUGUCACAUCGGAAUAAUUGAAUGAUUGUUACUUCUCCCGAUGACAGCCACUAAACGGAAAAGCGCCGUUAUCAGCACUGAAUAAUAGUGAUGCGUGAAGAUUUCAAGCCAAUUGAGACGAAUAAGCAACGAAAAGUUUCGUGGAAAUAAUUUGACGAAAUGAUGACAAAUGUGUUCGAAGGUCCUCCAUGGUGAAAUUUGUCGUGCUAAAUUUUCUGUUGUUGUGCAAAAGUUCUAAUUAUAUUUUAAUUAAUUAAUUACGCUUCAUUUUGAUAGCAGCCAGCAGAAUAGCAAAUCCCGCAUUAGUGAGAAGUGUCAGUUCACGAAAUUCAACCGACCGACCGAACAAGUGAGUUUAACGAAGCGAACAAUUCGCUGCGGAGCCAAAUGCAAGAUGCGGUUACUGGCAAACGCGAACAGCAUAUGUCCCUGAAGUAUGUAGUUUCGCCUGGUGAUACAUGGAUACAUGGGUACACCAAGAGAAGGAUGAGUGCUUAUGUUACAUGUUGCUAUUCGGGCAAACAAUUUCAUACCGGUCUGCUCCUGAGUGCGACGGGUUGAUCCGUAGACACGAGAUAGUAGUUCACGUCCAGGGAGGUACGGUCAGAUGCAACUAUAAUCCUUUCUGCAUUGCUUAUCUGUGAAAAAAACGGAUAGUACCUGCUUGAUACUGAAAAUUAUUGUUCGAUGCUAGAUUGGUGCAAGUAUCUUGAUUGUCAUCGUGUGUCUGGUGUUCAGAAAUUAAUCUAAAAUGUAAAUUAUGUUCCGAUACAACUAUACUCACUUUUGUCAUCAAAUAUAUCGCUGCUGUUCUACUGGUAGGAUACUCUUGUUGUUAGUAUUGAUCACAUUAGAUUCCACCGACGGUCUGUACAGUCCAAACCGGUGGCCGACGGAACCGAAACCGAAACCAACGCAACCCUCAGCCGAACCGUACUUCGUGACGUCGGUAUCGAAAAAUGCAACUGUCCGGCAAGGCGACCCAGCAUUUCUGAGCUGUAAAGUAGAGAACCUAGGGGCCUACACAGUAUCCUGGAUUCGGCACAGUGACCUGCACAUUUUAACCGUGAAUCGGUAUACUUACACGGCCGAUCAACGGUUCCAGUCAUUACACACGAACGACACCGAUGAGUGGAUCCUCAAUAUCAAGUGGACCGAGCGGAAAGACACCGGCAUCUACGAAUGCCAGAUUUCGACGCUACCGGUGAAAAGUCUGCCGCUGUAUUUAAUUGUACUGGAUGAUUCCGAUCUCGUAAGACGACAAGACGACAUUCUCUACGAUUUACCAGUACCUGUUGGUAUGCCAGAACCGAAACGAAGCUUAUUCAAUGAAGACGAAUAUGGCGUUAGCAGCAACAGCAACAGCAAUGGGGACAUUUAUAAUCGAAUGUACUCUGAUAGAGAUUAUCUGUUCCUCGCAGCAACCACCCAAAUCCUGGAGGGGACCAUGGUAUACGCGUACAAAGGAGAUAAUCUGAAUCUCACAUGCAUAGUUAAUCACAACUACGAUCGUCGACCAAGCCACGUGAUUUGGUACCAUCAAAACGAUAUCGUUUCGUAUGAAUCCUUGCGGAAACGAGACAAAUCCCCUCCGAAUAGCAUCACUUCGCAGCAUCUGAUACGAAAUGUGGAUUAUGAUGACGCUGGAAAUUACACGUGCGCACCGGAAUUGUACGGUAGUGCCAGCACAAUCGUUUACAUUUUAGAUGGUGAUGAAACACAAGAAGGAGCAUUUAGUCCGGCCAGCACCGUGCACCGGAACUUUUGGAUCCGUGUGCGGGCAGUAACAUUGUCUGUUGUUUUAAGCCUGUGCAUACUUUAUCAUCAUCCAGACAACGCGAGAUGACACAGAUAGAUUAGAAUGUAUAUAUAAAAUUUGUAUGACGUGAUUGUAAAUAUUUCAGACAAAUAUAAUACUUACCUAAA